AUCAAACUCUUUGAUUGAAAAAUGCUCAUUUUGAAAAAUAAUAGCCCUUUUUUUCAUAAAAAUCACGUGGUAUGACGUUGUGGCCAUUGCGCAAUAAUUGUCUGACAAUCGGGAAGGUUUUUGUUUUGAAAUUAUAAACAGUCCAUCAACUUUUAUUUUAUUUUUGAACUUUAAACUGCCUUCCUGAUAAUAUUAUUUCCUGAUAGUAAUAAAGAAUGGCUGGGUAUCCAAAUUUACCAAAUGAUCAAUUUUUACCUUCUCCUACUUCAUCUUAUGCCCCCAGAACUCCUCCACCACAAAGAACAAAUAUUCCUCCAGCAGCUAAUUAUGUACCGCCAUCAAGUUCUCCAUAUCCUGUUGGGGGAUUGCAAGGUACUUUGUCCUCAGUUGGUAAAGAUCUUGGUGGAAUGUUAAAAGGGUUGACAAAAGCUGGUGCUAAAGCAUUAAAUAAAGUCUUAGACCAUCCAACUUUAGAAAAUGUAAAGAGUGGCAAUGUUAUUCAAUUUGUGUCUCGUAUAACUGGUCAAUCUCUCCAAAUUUUACAAUCUCCUGAUGGCAGAUUAGUACUAGAUUCCCUUGGUGGAGAUGGUCACCAGUUUGUCAAUGCUCAUUUCACUGUUGUGCAAGACAGGGAAGGAUACAUACUUCUUCAGAAUAAUUUCAAUUAUCUAGCCAUUAAGGAUGGAGUUGCCCAACUUUACUCUGCAGGUCCCGGAGGUCUUCCUACUCCCGAAUGCCGGUUUAAAGUUAGAGAAGUUCUAAUGCAAAAUCAGUUUGUCACUCUAGAAUGUGUUUCUGAAAGAGGAAGAUAUAUGGCAGUUAUGCCCAAUGGUCAAAUGAAAUCUUCAAUUGCUACUAGUGGAGCUGACCAAGACACACAUUUUGCUAUUCGUUUGAUUUUUAGUCCUCACGGAAAUAUGUCGAAGAAAUAACUCCAAUCUCAAUCUCCUGUUAUCCACUUUUAGCUAUUUUGAAAGUUUAUUUACUCUACUGCAAAGUUUCUCUACACUUGUAUUAUUUGAAUUUUUCACUUUUUUGUUUAGUUCAAGAGCUACAUCAAAUAGUGUGCUUGUGUAGUUUUUUUAUUGUAAAAUGUUUAAUCUACAAAAUCUCAUUUUUAUUUUCACAAAAAAUGAAAUAAAAAAGAAUUCACCUUUUGAAAAACUAAUGUUUUUAAAUCUGUAGUAUUUCGUGUGUUUUUAGCUAAAAUUUUGCAUAAAUUUAAUUAACUUGAGCUAAUUUAAGUUUUAUAUCUAUAACAAUGAGUGUGUCAGAAAACAAAUGGCUUUUUUUUAAUAAUUAAAUGUGCAAAGAAUUAGAUUGAUUAAUUUUUAAAAUUUUUUUAAACAUAAUUGGUUAUAAUUAUUUUUAGUUUCAAUUUCUAUGUUUCAAUGUAUUACUUUUUUUAUAUUUAAAAAAUUACUUUUUAAAGCACAAAUUUUUAUUAAUGUGAAAUAAUAUAUAAAAAAAAUAAUGAAAAGAUCUUAUUUUGUUAUAUGAAGUAACAUUUUUGGAUUUGUGCAUUUAUGUGAAGAUUAUCACAGGUUAUGUGAAGGUUACUAUUAUUUUUUAUCAGAAAGAAACUUUAUAAUACUUUAGUAUCUCUGAAAUUAGCAAUACAAAAUUGCAACUGUUUCAUUUUCUUUUCUCUCAAGUGCAUUAAAAUUUCAUUUUUAGUUACUAAAACUUAUAUCAAAACAAAAAUAUACAAGAGAUUAUUUUGUUGAUCUUAAUUUUUACGCAUGUUUAUUGAAUCUGCAUAAAAAUUUUAAAUAUUCUUUUUAAUCGGUAUAGAGAUUAUUUUUUAUUGUAAAAAAAUUAUUUUUAUGUAUCUAUAAAAUGUUCUUGCUUUUUAUUACAUGCAAAGCUUUUAACUUGUUGCAGCAUGUUUAUCAUUUUUCAAGUGCUUAUACAUUUUACAAAAGUACAAAUUAGUCACUUAUUAUGCUAGCUGUGCUUCAUUAUUAUCGAUUAUGUUAUAGAACUAAACUAAUUCACUCUCUUCAUAAACUAUAAUCUCAGUGAAUUUUCUUCCUUUUUAUUAUGUCUUCAUCAAAUUGAAAAUUACUAUAUUUUUUAAAUACACUUUUUGAAAUAUCAUAGAGAUUAUAAUUAUCUUAAAUUUCAUACCUGUAAAAAGUUUUUUUAAUGUUAAAUAACACAACAUUUGCAUCUAUUUAUUAUAUUGUUACAUAUGAUUUUUUCCUGUUGCAAAAAAUAGUAUUAUUGUUUGUUAAAGUGGGAAUUGAAAGCAAUGAUGUUUAAGAUGUUUUAAUUUAAAACUAUGCAGUUUUCUUCUUGCAAUGAUAAAAAGAAUACACAGUUUUUCAAUGUGCAAAAAGUUAAAAAAGUUGGAUUUCCUUCUUCAGUUUUGUAUUGUCUUUUGUGUGCCCAGUUUUGUGUUUGAAAAAAAAAUGUCAAACCUUAUUUUUUAUUUGUUUUAUAUCUAACCAUAUCAUUUUUUUAAAUUAAGUAUAUGCAAAUAGUAUGCUCUAUGUUGAGAUCUUUUUUUUUCUUGGGGGGGGGGGAAGUAAAUAUACAGUGCCUCGUUUUCUCUAAUUUUUUUAUUUGUAUUUAAAUAUCAGCUUUAUUUUUUCAUCUACUUCAGUCAAACUCAGAAUUUAUAGUUUUGAGGCACCCUUGCAUUCUUUCCUCUUUUAAUUUUUUUUUAAUUUCUCAUUUUUCUUUUUAUUUUUUUCCAUCAUACCUAUUUUACAGUGCGGUCUGAUUUUAUAACUCUAUGAGUAAUAUUUAUUUUUAGUAUAUCCAUUUCUGAUUUUUAUACUAUUAGACUCUACUUUCAUUUCCUUCUUUCUUUUCAGUUUACAAUUGAAAUCCUGUAAAACAUUCUGAAUGAGACUGAUUUUACAAAAGUCGAUUAUAUGAGUUUUAAAUGAUUAAUUGGAAUUAUUUCAUGUUCAGUUCAAAUAAAUCAUAAAAUAAUUCUUUGCCCAAAAUCUUAUCUGUGAUAGUUAUAAUUUGUUUGCCCAUUUAGUAAUGUUUUUUUAUUAAUAAUUUUUUUAUCACAAUACAUGCUAUGAUAAUGAAAAUCACUAAGUGCGAUCUAAAUUUUUAUAUUUAUCUAUUACUAGAAGUAAAUAUAUGUUUGUGAUUAAAUUCUAUAACUUCUAAAAGUAGUGUUUGUUAAAAUUAAAAGUUUACCAAUGUUUAUCAUAAAGAAGUUAAAUUUUAUGAACUAGAUGUUUUUUAUAGUAUGGCAUACUCAUACGUGUUAAAAACUAAUACCAUGUAACUUAAAAAAUUAGUUUCAUGAAAACAAUUGUAAUAACUUUUAUGGAUUACAUAUAUUAGUUAUACUCUUAGGAUUGAAUCUUUCAUGAAUAUUUUCUCUGCAAAAUAUAGGCUGUGCAAUAAAAUUUACUAAAGUGGAAUCAAAAUUUUUUAUUCAUUUAAUGAGAAGGAAGAGAAUUAGAUUCAAAUUUUAGAUAAAGUUGUUCUUUGUAAAAAGUAAAACUUGAAGGUUGUAUUUGCAGUUUACAUUUUAUGAACUAGAUUUUUUGCUAAAGUUUGCUAUGUAUUAUAUGAUGCAUUUUUUAUUGAUAAAUGAUAUUAUGUAAUUCUUGUAAGGCAAUUCUUUCACUGUAAUGAAUAUAGUCAUAUAAAUUAUCAAAAACAAAAAUAUUAUGCAUAUGGAUUAUUGGUCACAGUUUUAGUAUUGAAGUAUUUUCAAAUGCUUUUGUGUUUUGUGCUACAAUUACUAUUUAUAAUUCCUAAGUACUAAAAGAUUUUUUU